AACUACACCAGCAACUUGUUUAUAAGUAUAUCUGCUACCCUCUUUCAUCAACCCACACACUUUCCUCUUCAAACUUCAUAGCCAGCUCCCUGGUUGAUCAACAUCAACAUCAUCAACCAUGGCAGCUGAGUUGGGGAAGAAGGAGGAAAUAUUGAAGGUGAAAGUCACUAACAAAACCCAUGUGAAGCCCAACAAAAAGAUAGGUAAGAAAGAAUGCCAGCUGGUCACAUUUGACCUCCCCUACCUGGCUUUUUACUACAACCAGAAGUUACUGUUUUACAAGGGGGCUGAGUUUGAGGAAAUGGUGAAGAAGCUGAAGGAGGGUUUGGAGGUGGUUCUGGUGGAGUUUUAUCAGCUGGCUGGGAAGCUUGGGAAAGAUGAGGAGGGAGUCUUUAGGGUUGAGUAUGGUGAUGAGAUGGAGGGUGUGGAGGUUGUGGAGGCUGCAUCAGAAGAGAUCAGCAUAGCUGAUCUGGCAGUUGAGGAAGGCACCAGUGCUUUGAAGGACUUCAUACCUUACAAUGGGGUCUUGAACUUGGAGGGCAUUCACAGGCCUUUGCUGGCACUGCAGUUAACCAAGCUGAAGGAUGGAUUGGCAAUAGGGUGCGCCUUCAACCAUGCGAUCCUAGACGGCACCUCCACGUGGCACUUCAUGAGCUCGUGGGCGGAGGCCUGCAAUGGGUCCAAAUCUAUUUCAGCCCAACCCUUCCUGGACCGCACCCAAGCCCGAAACACGCGCGUGAAGCUCGAUCUUUCUCCGCCUCCAUCCAAAGGCGACGCGUCGUCCAACGCCAAAGCGGACCCGAACCUAAGAGAGAGAGUGUUCAAGUUUUCGGAAGCAGCCAUCGACAAGAUCAAGUCAACAGUCAACGCAAACGCACCAUCGGACGGCUCAAAACCAUUCUCCACAUUCCAAUCCCUGUCCGUCCACAUCUGGCGCCACGUCACCAAGGCGCGCCACCUGAAACCCGAAGACUACACUGUCUUCACCGUCUUCGCGGACUGCCGAAAACGGGUCGACCCGCCCAUGCCCGAUACCUACUUCGGGAACCUAAUUCAGGCGGUCUUCACUGUGACGGCAGCCGGGUUGCUGUCGGCGAACCCGCCGGAGUUCGGAGCUUCGAUGAUCCAGAAGGCGAUCGAAGCGCACAACUCGAAAGCCAUUGACGAGCGCAACAAGGAGUGGGAGAGCUCGCCGAAGAUUUUUGAGUUCAAGGACGCGGGAGUGAACUGCGUGGCAGUGGGGAGCUCACCGAGGUUCCGGGUUUAUGAGGUGGAUUUCGGGUGGGGAAAACCGGAGGGGGUGAGAAGCGGGUCGAACAAUAGGCUUGAUGGGAUGGGGUAUCGGGACCAGGGGAGGAGCGGUGGGAGGAGCAUUGAUGUGGAGAUUAGCUUGGAGGCUCCGACUAUGGAGAAGCUGGAGAAAGACGAGAGCUUUGUUCCGAUUGGCAACUAGUUAAGUUUAAGGUGGAAGAUGGAGAUUGAUGGAGCUAAUGAAAUUGGUUUGGCGUGUGAGUCUAGUUGAGGCAUGCUUAAUAAUAAUAAUCACUGGAGUCGCAUGCGAACCAAUUGUAGCAAGCAUAUGCUUUGUUUUUGGGUUUGUUUCUUUAAUCUGGAUUGGAUCUCCCGAUGCAGUGCAGACUUGCUUGCAGUAGCAUAUAUAAUUGUUAAAGGGUUGUGAUUUGGACUUGGAAAUUAAUGAUGGGCUAUGUUAUUUUCAUAUUUUGGAUGGAUGUUUGGUGUGUGAA